UCAACUAUUGAUGAUAAAAACAUCAUGUUCUAUGGAUCAUCGACAAACACGUCCCAUUUAAACAUGUCUAAGAACAAGCUCAAGAGGCAGAGCCGGACGUUCACUCAGGUUCUCUAUCGGAAGCUGAGCUAUCGUGAGCGCCGCUGUGUGACUGAUCUCCCAGCAGAUCUAAUGGACGACCCCGCAGAGCUCUCCAUUCAGCUGUCGGCCCCCGGCAUACUGAAGAUCUUCGGCAAUGAAAUCUGCACCGGAGCAAAUUACAAAAGUGUUUUGGCCACACCGAUGUCCAGUGCCCAGGAGCUGGUGAAAGAAGCUCUGGAGCGUUACUCUGUGAGUAAGAGAUGUGCCAGGCAGUACGUGCUCUGCGAUGCCAUUGGGAGGUUGGACGGGGCCAACAAACGCUGGCGGACAGAAUGUCUCCGAGCUCUUGGGGACAACGAGAAGCCUCUUUUGCUCCAGGAUCUGUGGAAACCCAAGGAAGGUUUUGCCAGAAGAUUCGAGCUGCGACACCGGGCUGAGGUGGAGGAGAUUGCCGCCAGGGAGAAAGACACAACAACUGCAGAUAUUAAUGCUCAAGCACGGAAACUACAGAGGAAUCGUGCAAAAGGCAACAACCCAGCAAUGUCAGGCUGCACAUAUGAGCUGCUGCCUCUCAGACGCAGUGUCAGUGAGACAAGUCUGACUCUGGCUGGGAAUCAGGCGGAGGAACAACAACAACGGCUGUACUCCACGCUGCCCGGGUUGCCGGUGAGGAGGAGCAAGAAGGAGAGACUCCACACGGCAAGCAGUAAAAAGGAGCAGAAGGGCAACGUUCAAGAUCCCUUGGUCUCUGUUGGCCAGCUCCCUCACCUGCUGCUUCUGCAAGGAUACAACCAUCCGAAUGAUGGCCUGGUUUACCCUCUGGAUGGCGAGAGCCACAUCGUGGGGCGGGAGACUGCCUCGGCCAAGCCCAACAUCUGUCUUCUAGCCCCUGACAUCCUGCCGCUGCACUGCCGGGUGAGGAGGGUCCGGGGGGCCAAGGCGGGGGAGCAGAGGGUACUCGAGCUCGAGCCCUUCCCCGAUGCCCGUGUGUCUGUCAGCCUCUCGCAGGUGGAACAGGCGACGGCGCUCCGACACGGCGAUCUGGUGGGGUUCGGUCGUUGCUACCUCUUCCUCUUCCGAGACCCUCAGCGAACCAUGGAGCUACCAGCCCACACCCACUCCCUACUGAGGAACCUGCACCGCCCGGCACAGCCCAGGGCUCCACACAGCAGGACCACCUGCCAGGUGUGUGGCUCCGUGUUGUGGGACAGUCCGUCUGCCGGCGGGGAGCUGCUGCCUGUUUCUGCCAUCGGGGAAAGCAGCGCCAAUUGUGGUGAUGGCGGUGGGACCCAGAGGAAGAGGCUACAGCUGGAGUAUCAUCAGGCCUUUGAGGAGCUACUGGUGGACAAGAUCCUGACGCUCAUCGAACCCUGUGCUGACGAUCACAAGCUGACCCCCGCCUGUCUGCUGUGUCUGUGUGUCCAACAUUCAGCCAGCAGCUUCCAGCCCGGUCAGGUUAUGAAGCUGCUGCUGAGGAUUGCGGACAAGAUCCAAGCUGUCGCAUGGGAGAAGACCAGAGAGUUGGCAGAGAAACAAUCCGAACACCAGGAUACAACGACUCUGCCUCUACUCAGCAUCGCAGACCUGGUGCCAGACUUGCAGCACAUUUUUUUCUGGAUGUCCAACUCCAUUGAGCUGCUUUACUUCAUCCAGCAGAAGGUCCCAGACUACAUCCAGGGCAUUGAGGACCUGGAUCACUCACGAGACAUAGUUGUGCAUUUAGCAGGAUCCAAAGAAUCAUUACUUUCAUGCUCAAUUUCAGCCAAUGAAGAAGUCAUGACUAUUCUGGAAGAGGUGAUCAUGCACACAUUCCAGCAGUGUGUCUACUACAUCACAAAGGCUCUCUAUGUCGCACUGCCUGCCUUCCUGGACUGCAAUCCCUUCCAGACGGAGAUUGGGGGUUCCUGGGAGAGCUCCUCCUCCCUCCCCGAGCCGGUUCGGAAUGUGAUGCAGAUCUACCAGACCACCUUGGACCUUCUCCAUCAGUACGAGGUGCACCCAGAGAUCGCUGCCCAGAUGUUUGCUUACCUCUUCUUCUUCUCCAAUGCUUCCCUCUUCAAUCAGCUCAUGGACAGGGGCUCAAGGCAAGGAUUCUUUCAUUGGACAAGAGGGGAACAGAUGCAGGCGAGUCUCCGGCUGCUGCUCGAGUGGAUACGUAACGUGGGAAUGGGCAACAUCGCCGAAGAAUUCUUUUCCAAAUUCUCCAGUGCAGUAAGACUCCUGGCAGUGCCUACAUCUUGCCUCAUACAGACCAGUUGGCAUCGCCUCAAAAGAGAAUUCCAGCCUCUGAACCCUUCUCAGAUGCUUCACAUCCUUACUCAUUAUCAGCUGGCACCUGGAGUGGUGCCCAAUGAAUCCUGGCAGCCCAAGGCUAAGGAGAGGGCAGCGAUAUACCAAACAGAGGACAUUAUGUUGAGCUUUGACAAGUACCCUCCAAUAGUACUACCAACCAGCAAUUUUAAGGUGGAUUUGGAGGCGGAUACGAUAGAUGACAACGUGUACAGGCACCUGCUGUACAUACGCCAUUUCCUCUGGAGUCUACGCACCAGAUUUCAGACAACACAUGGCCAAUCUAUUUUGGAGGUACCAGUACAGGAGACUGAAUUCCCGCUUUCCCAUAGUCCUCACCAGCUCCGGUCAGACAGUCCGGCCGCACUCUCUGGCCACAAGGUUCAGGAUCAUCACUCCAGCCAAAUCAAUCAUCGCAGCAGCAGUGGUCUUGAGGCGGAGAUGGAUGGUAGAGAUUCCAGCACUUCCUGGCUGAGCGGGUCCCACAGACAGUUUAACCCCUGCCAAGAACUGAAGGAAAAACUGCACAACCUUCAGCUCCAAAACUCACUCGGAAGGCACAGACUCCCAGGUCAAAGCAUGCAACCAUUAGACCCCUCCUGUCUUCUGACCCCUCCAAACACGCCCUUGAACUGUGAUCUUGGGCACAACGACUUUAUGCAGACCAAUGGUGAGGGGGAUCGGUUAUCAAACACCAGGAGGGACGGUUUGUGCAGAAAUGGAGCCAAUGAGAGAGAAGGAAGGAUGUCUGCAGCCUUUGACUUGCUGACCCCAAAGUCUUCCAGUCGCCGUUCCGCAGAGAACGAUUCGUGCCACGUGUUUGUGGUGGAGCUGGAGAGAGGACCCAUUGGUUUGGGAAUGGGGCUGAUUGAUGGGAUGCAUACGACCUUGAAUUCCCCUGGGAUCUAUAUCAGAACUCUCCUGCCAGACAGCCCUGCAGCCUACUAUGGCAGAUUGAGUAUUGGGGACAGGAUCUUGGCGGUGAAUGGAACCAGUCUGAUUGGAGCAGACUAUGACAGUGCAGUCAACCUGAUCAGAAUGGCAGGAGAGAGACCGCGCUUCCUCGUUGCCAAGUCAGACUUCCUCAUCACCGAGAAGAUCAGUGCAUCGUCCUGCUAGCAAUCGCACUGCAAACCUUUAUCAACUUUGUCAUCACACAACGGCGAGGGGUACCUCACAAACACAGUGUGCACAUCGGGAACCUUCAGCUCCAUUGACAGGAUUCCUGAUGAAUAAUAAUUCAGCCCCUUUUGGCUGCAGUUUAGCGGGAGGAUUCAGGCUGGUUAACUGUUGUUGAAGCAGUAGAAGCUUCUCCCUCUGACACGUACCUCCUAAUCUCCGUGUUUAAAUUUUUUUUAUAUAUGGAUAUAAAUAUAUAAAUCCAAUUCUCACAGUCAUUCCCAUCACGUCUGCAACAAUAGUUGUAUGAAUUUACUCACAGACUGGAGAUCUCGCUAAGAGAUGGUCAAGAUCAGCUAAUUCCUCCAAACACAUCACAGUAAAAUCAUUUGUAUUUAAUGUCAAGACUCCCUUGAACCAAUGGCCUUACAGGCUGUGGAUAUGGUUUAAUGCUACAACACACAGUACCCUUUUCCCCUAGAACAACAAUAACCUAGGUCAUUGGGGGAAUAUAGAUUUCCUUUGACAUAGCUCAUAUCUUCUUCCUUGACCUUUAACUAUAGUAGCAUUUUCCCUAAAAAAGAUUGUAAAAAAACUAUUUAAACAUGGACUUUUUGUUUAACAAAAAAAGUUGUAUGAUUCAAUGCCGUUCAGUAAUUUUAAAGAGCACGACUUUGAAGACUUGGAAUAUUUAAAUACUUUGAGAAACAUCAGGGCUCAAAGUUUAAAAUAAUGCAGUGAUCGACACGAGUCGUAGGAAUAAAUUCCAAACGGGUCUAAGUCCAUUUGCCACACUUUAUAGGAUCCAGAAUUUGACAAGUUUCUUAAACGCAGCCUUAGUUUUUAUACCAAUUUUCCAUAAAUAAAGGAACUACAGAAAACUGACUGUAUUCAACAUUUUCCUAAAUUCCUGACGUUCUGACAAGCAACAUAAAUUGAGUAACUCUAAAUACAGGUAGAAUUUCUCUCCAGGGGAAAACUAUCAGAAUAGGUGGAGGUGUAAACAGGUAAAACAUGUUCUUUUCCUUGGUGCUGAAUAUCCGCUUGUUCCGAUGGUGCUGUGCAGAUAAGGGUUUGUGGGGAUGAAUUAUUUUUAAAAACAAAAUCAAAGAUUUGCAGUUUCCAAAAAAUUCCAGCAGACUAGCUUCCAUGUUGUAAAUGAAUGUCUGAUCUGGUCAUCCAGAUACUUUGCUUGAAAAUGUGCUUCUUGGUAAAUCUCAUUCUUCGUACUUUUUAUAUUUAUUAAAAAAUUAUUCCAAACACUUCCGAAGUCUCUGGAUCCUCAAGGCUUCAAAGCUGGACAGCAGCAGUUUUACACCCAUUCAACAGCAGUGACAAAGAAUCUGCAUUUAUUUUUUAAAAAAGGAAAUGGUUUGUUUUAGAUUGAUGUUGUUGCCAGAAAGCAGCUAUUUCACUUUAUACUUUAGAUACUGUUAUAAUUGCAUCUUUCCUCUUCUCAGAUAAAACAUAUCACCAGAUGCAAGUGCUGAAUAAUAUGUAGUUAAAAGGGGAACAUGAAGUGAUGGUAAAGUACUUGCCUCCUAUGUGUCCUAGGCUUUAAACCAGACCCAUCAUUUUAUGGCAAACCUUGACUGAAGGGCUUCCUCUGAGAGCCUUGAUUUGUUUUCUUGUACUUUACUGGCACCGCCAUCGGUGCACGGAUGUUUCAUUUGAAAUACAAUUUCUGAAACUAUAAAUAAGGGAGACUUGAUGCUGACGAGAAAGAGGGAAAUGGACGUUUGGUGAUAACUACAAAGUUCUGCUUUGCAUUCUGAAUGUUAUUGUGUAUAAUUUGUUGUUUUUGUAUGGGACACAUUACGGGAGUGAGUGCUGACAAAAAUAAAGUUUCACUUUCAAAGUCCAAAACUAUUCCCUGUAGGAUACACUUUUUCGCAGUAUUAGAAGCACUACUUUUACCUCCAUUAAAUGUAUUUUUAUUAAUAUAACUACUGUGCAAAUAUAUUUUGUAAUGUGAUGACCUAUCAUAAAAGUUUUCAGAAAUAUCUUUCACAUGUGUACAAGAGUCUUGUGAAUGUUUCUCAAUUCAUGAAGAAUUAUAUGCAAAUAAAAACCCAAC